CCCGUCUUUCCGCCCGAUCACGUGCGUCCCCAAAAUUGCCAAUACUUCGUCUACGACGCCCUCGCCCGCAAACUUCACCAACUCCCGCAACCCGGCUUCCAACACCGACUCAGCGAGCCCUCGCUCGCCAUCAUGCGCAAGCCCAACAAAAGCUCCCAAAACACCAGCAAGCACGUCAGCCUACGCCCCCAUGUACAUGGAGAGGCCGAGGCCGAGGCCGACUUCGUCGUUGCCGCACAAUCCUACAUUUUCUGGGGUAAAGAAUCUCCUCACAUCUGCAUCUAUGACUCUGCUAUCAAGACCUGGAGCAACAAGCCGGUGGUGAUGGGUUCAUCAUAUCCAGAACGCCACCUCCCAAGCAAGACACUCACCAUCGGAGGAAGCAAUGGCACCGUGGCUUGGGUGGAUCUCUGGUACAACAUCGUCUUGUGUGACGUUCUCGCCAAAUGCCCCAAGCUUCGCUACCUGAAGCUGCCGACCGAACCCUGCGAUGGGGGUAUCAAUCCAAGGUCUCUUCGCGACAUUGCGGUCUUUGGCAACACCAUCAAGUAUGUCGCGAUCCUGCAUCACCCCGACACAAGUCGUUGGGUAGCCACAGCAUGGAGCAUCAAGAAGGGCCGUCGGUCCUGGCCCAAGGAAUGGCACAUGGAAUGCCAGCUCGAUUCCACCCAUAUAAAGGUUGAUGCGGCUGGUCGAGUCGCUACCUUCCCAACCUUGUCGUCUCUUUUCGUUGGCCUCCCCACACUCAGCCUGCAGAAUGAUGCCAUUGUUUACUUCCUCGCCAAGAUUGACUUCAGCCCAAGGCAACGCACAGCGUGGGUGCUUGCUGUUGACAUGAAGAACGAGACUGCUGAGCAAGUGGUGGAGUUCCCUGCUGAGAGGACUUAUUGUGUAGCCAAGGGCUACGACGCAAGUAGGAUCUCUGCAUAUCUCCAACCCGCGCCAGGUACACAGCAAAUGCCUAAAUGACGAGGGGUGCCGUUGAUGAAAUGCCCUAGCAAGAAGCAUGCUAAAGAUGUUGAGGAUCCUAAAGAAGACGACGCCAUGAUGAUUGUUUCUUCAUGAGGUUGCAUGGAUGGAAGCUGUAUGACCUGCCUUUGGUGCCGGGUAUCAGUGGAGGGGGUAGUGGAUUAUCAUGUCUGCUGGUCUGACCCUUCCUUUGCCUGUCUUUUAUUUAUUUUAGGAUUAUUAUGGCCCUCUAGACCCUGUUCUGGAGUUCCUUUCUUCAUUGUCUCACCGCCUACUCUACCCGGCUUGUCUAUUAUACAAGCUGUAUUAUUAAAACUCUGUAUGAACUAUAUGUGUUAUGUCGGUUGUAGUACCCACCUUCUGUUUUC